GUCGAGCGGCGAUUCAGUGCGUUUUAAUCAAAUGAAAAUGUUACGUCUUUUAAUUGUCUGUUUGCUGAUAGUUCACCAAGUAUUAGCUAAUUGUGAAUUGCAAUGGUUUCAAUGCAAAGACAGUAAGGAGCCCUUAAACUGUGAUAAAGAUGUGAAUAAAGGUUGGGUAAAAAAGAGUAAGGCAUGUGAUGGAGCCUUGGACUGUCCCGAUGGUAGCGAUGAGUUCUUAACAGCAUGCAAACAACACCCAACAACAACUGGCAUGUUUACCGAACUCUUCUAUUGCGCCAGUGGUGCACCAAUCUCAGAACAUCAAGAAUGUGAUGGUAGGGAGGAUUGUUGGGAUAAAUCGGAUGAGUUAGAAAGUAAUUGUAACUUCUCGUUUGAGCUUAAGGCUCAACGUGGCAAUUGCAGGGAAUCAGAAUGGGAAUGCAUAGAUAAGAAAUGCAUUGCCGAACAAAAAUUAUGCGAUGGGCAAAUCGAUUGCAGUGAUGGCCAAGAUGAAUCUCUGGAGCAAUGCUUUAAAAAGUGUGAAUCAGAUUCCGAAUUUCAGUGCGGGAAUGGAAACUGCAUUAUUAAUUCUAAGGUUUGUGAUAACGUCAUCGAUUGUGUGGAUGGUGCCGAUGAGCUACCCAAAGUCUGUGAAGGUAUCAAAGGCUACAUACCCAACAACGCUUAUCGCAAUUGUACCAUACCAAGAGAUCGCGAACCAAUAUUGUUCUUUGCCGAUAAUCCCACACCUCAUCUGACAAACGGUCUCAGAUAUAUGUUGCCCAAUGAACCAGCACUCUUCAAGUGUCCUCAUGUGAUGAAGUUGGUCGGAAAGGAAUGGAACGUCUGCAUGCUGAAUGGAAAAUGGCAUCAUGAUUUGCCAACGUGCCAACAAAAUCACUAAUAACUUAAUUACUAAUUUGAUAAGUGAUUUUUGUGAUGGGCAGUGAUUGCUCUCAAUAUUUAUUUCUUAUCAAAAAAGACCCAUUGAAAAUUAUACAAUCUGAUAUAAAAAUUGUAACCAAAUAUUUCAAAAAUAUGUUGUAUUAAAAAUUAUAAGCUUUUUUACUAAAGCUAUUUCGAUGAAAGCUAGUACAGGCUGUCUGUUUGUAGGCAGAAUAUUUGUGAAACUGAAGAUCGUAUAGCUGCAAUAGAAUAGACAAGUUAAGAGAAAUUUUUUCUUGAUAUAUCACAGCCAAUUUCGCAGAUAUGGAUUUAAUAUACGUACUGAUCAAUCUGGUUAAAA